AUGGACGCUCCAGACUAUGAGUUUUCCCAAGGGCCACUGAGACUGCUUGCAACUGCAGUGCAGCAAGACAAAAAAGUGCUUGUAUCGCUUAGGAAUACACACAAACUCGUGGCUUCCGUGAAGGCAUUCGAUAAACACUGCAACAUGGUAUUGGAGAACGUGAAGGAGUUUUGGUACGAUGGUGAGGAUGGUAACAAGGCUCUCAGGGAGAGAUACACGGCAAAGAUGUUCCUAAGGGGAGAUUCGGUAGUUUUGGUUCUUCAUCACGAAUAA